CUCACUCUUAGUAUCACCACCAAGUAUAAUUGUUUUGUAUUUUUUCUUUUUCUUCUCUUUUUUUUGACAAUUUAAAACGUUUUACUGAUUGUUUUAGAAUAAAUGUUUGUUCAUGGAUAUCGUCAUAAAAACCGAAGCGUGGGAUGAAGUUUUAAGUAAUUGCUGCAUGUGGAGCUCAAAAGACACACCAACAAAUAUGGAGGAAAUCCUCAGCGACACGAUAACACCACAAGAGCUGGAGAAAUUUGAGAAAGUUUAUAUGAAAGAACUCCAUGAAAAGAAAUGUGUGACAGCAAAAACCCAAUUUGAAUAUGCCUGGUGCUUGAUUAGAAGUAAAUACGGCGCUGAUAUAAAUAAUGGAAUUAAAAUUUUUGAGGGACUUUGCAAGGACAAUCCUGAUGAUAAACGCGAUUAUAUUUACUAUUUGGCUAUUGCUUACUGUCGUAUUAAAGAUUUACCAACAUCGCAAAAUUAUGUCAAAGCCUUCCUCGAAAUCGAACCAAAUAAUCAGCAAGUACUUUUACUUGAUGAAUAUAUUGAAAAAGAAAUGAGCAAGGAAUUCAAGAAAGAUGCAGCCAUAGCUGGAGGCGCUUUGCUAGUUUUUGGUGGUUUGCUCGGCUUAGGCUUCGCUCUUGCAAAGAAGUAAAGUUAUCAAUCGAACAUAUGCUUUUAAUAGCUCAUAAGACAUUUUAUGUUGAAUUGUUUUACAAGUUCAGAUUAUUUUCCUUCUGCUUUUGUUAUCGCCUAUUUUCAAUGUUUAUUAAAUUUUCUCAAAUCAUCCUAAAUUAACCACACAUCAUACACAUUUGCUUCAUAUUUCUGGACAUGUGUUUUUUUAAUGUUUAUUCAAUUAAAAUCAGAGAAUUCUUGCAUUACAGUAAGGGAUUUGUGAUAUGUUUUGAUGAGCUCAAAGCUUAUAAAACAUUCUGGAAGUUCUCGAUUUUAAACAUAAAAUUUGUACUUGAAUUAAUUGAAACAGUUUCUCCCUGCGAAAAAAACAUUUCCGCUUCUCAAUCGUAAAAUAAAUUGCUAUGCAGUAAUCUGUAAAUAUUUAAUAUAAAAAGAAGAAGAAAAAUUAUGUCGUAAGAGAAAUUCCCUAGGAAGUAAUAGAAAAUUAUUUUCAUCAUUUAUUUGAGAAAGAAAAAACCAAAAUUAAGAUAAAUAAAUUAUGAAUGAAAUUAAAGUUUAAAAAUUAAAGAAAAAUUUUUGUUUCUAUCAGUUAGAAUUUUAUCUGUUUAUUAAUUUAUG